CAAUUGGUGAUGCUUUUUCCUAUCCGUGUGUAGAUUUUCUGGAAACCCCAGAAAAAGCUUAAUAUUUAAGCGUGCAAUGGACACAGUUACUCUUCCCAGCAACAAUACGACAAAGUUUUGUAGGUUGUGUCUCUCGGAAAUCAACCUGCUCAAGGUGAUCGAACGUAAUGCGACGGACCAGGCCAGCAACGCUCACCUUCUCGAUUUGAUCCGUACCCAUGUCUCGCUGCCGCUGGAUAAGCAAAAGGAUUUUCCCUGUGCGGUGUGUGAAAUGUGCAUUACCUUACUGAACGAGGUUAGCGUUUUGCUUAAAAAUGCUGCAAGGUACAGUGCAGCCCUGAGGGAGGUUUUGAAACAAACCCCCCCAAUGUCGAAAUUGGUCCGUCACCCCGAGACAAAUUUACAGUCUGCAGAAGAAUCUACCAUUAAGGUGAACGACUCCCUAGUGGAAAUUUACGAGGAACUCGCGUACAAUGUUAUCAAAACCGAAGAACUGUACGACGAAGACAAGCGUAUCUUGUUGGACCAUGAAAUUGUACUGGAAGAGUUCGACAUAACGGAACUUUCGAAUGACGCACAGAAGAACUUCAAUAUGUAUGCUCCUGACGCUGGAUCGCAGGACCCCUUGGCGGAGAACCACAGUCAAGUGGUUGCUAAUAUGUCAGAUCAGCAAACGGCACCAUUUGCUAAACAACAAGAGCUUCCCAAAGAACCGUCAAGAAAGCAUCCCGUCGCUCAGAUGGGGAGGAAACGACUUAUUCCCCUCCAACGUCCCCUUCCAACCUUCGUCCCUUCGCCAGAAGUUCCUUAUCCCAUCAAACUCGAGCCAGCAUUACUUAGUACGCCUCAACCACCGCCUCGUAAAGCUCUAACGCUAAAUUCAGCCCAGCCGGCAGUGGUGCAAGAGAUUCUGGAAGAUGCGGUUCAAUCGAAACCACCCACCAAGCAGCUGUUUCGAUGCGACAGCUGCUCGAGCCGCUUCGUGGAGCUGUCCAACUAUUACAACCACUCUUGCAAGAAACCGUACAAAGAGAUUCAGUUCAAUCGCAAGGUGCGUUCCGUGCCCGUAGACAUCGAUAUCCAGAAAUAUCGGUGUAGGGCGUGCAAUGCCGGCUACCGGAGCCUGUUUCAUUUUAAUAAGCACCAGUACGAACUGCACGGCAUCUGCAGCGAUGACUUUGGUCUUAAGUGCACCAUUUGCACCAUGCAGUUCUCUCAGAGGCAAGAUUACGAGCUGCAUGUGAAAGCGAUGCAUCCGAAGGAUAUGCAGUUUACUAUUGAUCUGAACACGGGCGAAACGCGGGUUUGGAAACAGCUGGUCAAAAGGGAACAUUAACGGAAGCUCUGGGUGGAAGUAGGGCAUCAAACACGUAUUGAACGGGGUUGAGCUGGCGCUUGUAAAAGAUAAUUUGCACUAAACAAUGAACUAGAUGUUAGA